AUGUCGUUGGGUCCUGGUGCGAUUUCCAAGGCUGACGCCGCUGCCUACUCGUCCUCUGAAGGCGACGAGGAUAGUGGCGCCGACGAUUAUGCGCAACCGUCCGCCGACCCUCGCGACGACGACUUCCACGACUACAACCCACGCAAACGCCGCCGCACUGGUCGCAACACGAAAGAGAGUGCCGCACUGGGUAUCUUUGCUUCCGACAGCGAAGAUGACAGCAGAAGGCCCGGUCAAAGGUGGAAGGCAAAGCAAGACCUUCGCCACAAGAAUGUGUCGUUCGUUUCGGCUGGGAAGAAAGACAUGCGCCCAGACGCCGAUGAUUACGACGGACUUGGCGCCUCUCGAAAUACGUACAAUGCGGAAGACAGCCCGCGCGACCACGACAGCGAGGACGAUGAAGACGAAGACAUGGGCGGUAUCGGCCUGGGAUUCCGCGCUGUGGCGCCUGGCUUGAGCUUCACUGGCACGAAUGGAACACCGAGCAAACCCCCGCCCGGAUCCAAGUCUCGCUAUGAUGGCACAAAUCCCCUUGGACGAGGCUUCGUUCCCUCCUCGGCAGCGGAGCCUGUGCUGAAGGAAGAGUAUAGGAACGAGACGACGCCAACCGGUACAACACCAAAACCUAGUGCUUUCAGUACUCGCGGAGGCGCCGCUGGCAAGAAGAUGACUUUCGCGCAGAAGAUGAUGGCGAAGAUGGGUUGGAAGGAAGGCCAGGGCCUUGGUGCCGAGGGCCAGGGUCGAAACCUCAUCAUUGAGCAAAAGCUCCGGCCUCAGGGUGCUGGUCUUGGUGCUGUGAAGGAGAAAUCUGCAAGUGAGCGGAAGGAGGAAAAGAGACAAAGGAAGAUGCGCGGAGAGGACGUCAGCGACUCGGAGGAUGAGAAGAGGAAGCGGAAAGACAAGCAACGAGGACAAAAGGCUCACGGGGUGGCAAGCGGUGUCACGAGCGGUGCAAGCACGCCACGUCGACCACCGAAGCCGAAGUUCCUGACGGUCAACGACAUACAGAAGGCUGCGCCGGGGUUACAUAUCCCAGACGCUUUCGCCCCGAUUUUGGAUCUCACGGGUAGGGAUCAAAGACUCCUGACAACGAGCUCAGGCUUGUUGACCCCAACGGCUGGUAUUGAAGGUGCAGAGCAGACGGAGGCUCGCAAGCUAGCCCGACGCGCCCAGAGUGACCUCGGCGCUUUCGUGGAGGAAUGGAAAAGCUUGGAGGAACGAAAAGCAUGGCUGGACAUGGAAUUGCACCAGCGCCAACAAGAAGUGGACGAAAUCGAGAGCGACUUUGGCGAAAUGAAAAUGUUCUCAUCCGUCCUGGAUGGAAUUUCUCGGGCAGCCGCGGAUAAGGAGUGGGAUCCCGUCAUCGCUGCCUUGAAGAAGGUGGAAGCUACAUCAUCAGAACACACGACAGAUGAAGAUCUAGCUGCAGUCGCAGUCGCUGCUGUUCACCCCUUCCUCAGAGAUGCGGUCCAAGGCUGGCAACCGCUAGAGGAUCCUAAGCUCGGCAAUUUCGCUACCGACUUAGCCGAGAUCAGAGGCACGCUUGGACUUAAGAAGAUAACGGGCCAAAAUGCGGUGUCCCGUUGGGCGGACACUGUCGUUGACGGCACACAUCGUCAUCAUCAGAAGUCGUCAACCCCAUACGAGAGCAUGAUAUACAAGCUCAUUUUCCCGAAGCUAGUCACAACCGUGGCACAAAGUUGGGACGUAUUCGACCCUGCCCCCCUAUUGUCCGUACUCGAGCGGUGGAAGGAGCUUUUCCCAGGCUUUGUCCACAUUCAGAUUAUUGAGCAAGUUGUGCGCAGGCUCAAUGACGCCAUUGCGAACUGGAAGCCACGGAAGAAACAGCACAAUCUUUUGCACCUCUGGCUUUUCCCAUGGCUGGAACAUCUUCCUGCCCAUCAUCUCGACCCAAAAGGGACUGGCAUUGUGGCGGACGUCCGUCGCAAGUUCAGGCAGCUUAUUGAUGUUUGGGAGUUCGAUCGUGGUGUUAUCCCGGGCAUCCGACAGUGGAAGGAUGUUUUCCGACCAAGCAAGGAACAGGACCAGUGGCGGCCGCUGGUCAUGCACCAUAUCCUCCCUAGCAUGGCCCGGUUCUUGCGUAGGAACUUUCGUGUAGACCCCAGCGAUCAGGAGCCGUACCUCGCGAUGCUUCAGGGCGCGCUGGAGUGGACCACAAUCAUCUCGACUUCAAUGGUGGCAGAGGUGGUAGCAGCAGAGGUGUUCCCGAUGUGGCACAACCUCCUUCACGCGUGGAUAACCAGCCCCGAUGUCAACUUCGUCGAGCUAGGAGAUUGGUACAUGUGGUGGCAUGAUGAAGCAUUACCUGCUGAGAUCACAUCGCACCCGACGAUCAUGGCCGAGUUCGAAAAGGGCACCGAUUUGAUUGAGACAGCUCUAGACCUUGGCGACGAAGCUCUUUCGACAGGUAAGCUGCCACUUCCAGAUGAUAAACAUGACCGUCACAAUGCCGACAGGCCGCACCAUCGUCAGCAGCACGGCGAGCAACCACGGCAGGGUGGUAAUGGGGCCACUGCUGAGCGGCCCAAGAAUUUCCGAAUGCUUGUUGAGAACUGGUGCCAGGAAAACGACUUGCAGUUUGUCCCUGUGCGCAAGGCCAACGAACAAGGCCGACACUACUUCCGCAUCACGGCACGGAUGGAUGGCAAAGGUGGCGUGCUGGCACAUUUUACUGUGGAUGCAGCAAAUACUGGUGUCAGUGGAGGGUCUGGAGGUGGUGUUCUCGGUUCUGCUGGCGCCACCGACGGCGGCGUACUGGUGGUUGAGUCGCGAAAGUCGAAGUUCCAGCUUAGUCGAGAAAAGCUGGUGGAUCCAAAUUCGGCCAGUGGCGGCAAUAGCGCGGAAUGGACAUCGCUUCUCGAUCUCCUCUACUCCGACGCUUAA